AUGGCAAAAUUACCAAUAAUCAGGAUAGCGUCAAUCAUUGGGGCUAUUGUAUUGAUAUAUGGAUUUUCAGUAUUAAGUAGACCCAGAUAUGUAUAUGUUGAUUCGACCUCCAACAAAAUAAUUGAAAAUUUCAAUCCUCAAGUGGCAGUACCUCCAGCUCAGAUCCCACCAAUUCAGGUCGGAGGUGAUAGUAUCAAAGACAACAGUAAAGAAGAAGAAUUAGCAAAUGCUCAAAUUCAUCAACAGCAACCUAAAAUUCCUGAAGUUGCAUCAAAUGAUCCUAUUAAAGGUGACGAUGGGUUAUUAAAAGUUCCCGCCGAUAAAUCAAAAGAUUUCAUUGGUAAAGACAAAGAUAUCAAAGCCACAUUUGUAACUCUUGCAAGAAAUUCAGAAUUAUUUAAAUUGAUUGAGAGUAUCAGAAGUGUUGAAGAUAGGUUCAAUAGAAAAUUUAAUUAUGAUUGGGUAUUCUUAAAUGAUGAAGAAUUCACUCAAGAAUUCAAAGAUUUAACUACUGCUAUCUGUAGUGGUAAGACCAAAUAUGGAAAAAUCCCUAAAGAACAUUGGUCAUAUCCAGAUUUUAUUGACAUGGAAAAAGCUGCUAAAGCUAGGGCUGAUAUGAAAGCUGCUAAAAUUAUUUAUGGAGAUAGUGAAAGUUAUAGACAUAUGUGUAGAUUUGAAUCAGGAUUUUUCUGGCAAAAUCCUUUAUUGGAUGAAUAUGAUUGGUAUUGGAGAGUUGAACCAGAAAUUAAAAUUCAUUGUGAUUUAGAUUAUGAUUUAUUCAAAUUCAUGAGAGAUAAUAAUAAGAAGUAUGGUUUCACAAUCAGUAUUCAUGAAUUUUCUAAAACUAUUCCAACUUUAUGGCAACAUACUAAAGAUUUUAUCAAUGAGAACAAACAAUAUUUACAUCCAAAUAAUUUAUUAGAUUUCAUUUCUGAUGAUAAUGGAGAAACUUAUAAUUUAUGUCAUUUCUGGUCAAAUUUUGAAAUUGCCGAUUUAAACUUCUGGAGAUCUCAGGCAUACAGAGAUUAUUUCAAUUAUUUGGAUAAAACUGGAGGUUUCUUCUAUGAAAGAUGGGGAGAUGCUCCAAUUCAUUCAAUUGCUGCUGCUCUAUUUUUAGAUAAGAAUGAAAUUCAUUAUUUCGAAGAUGUUGGAUAUAAUCAUGGGGUCUAUACUCAAUGUCCAUUAAAUGCUCAAUAUAGAUAUGAUCACAAAUGUCAUUGUAAACCUGAAAGUGAUUUCACUUUUAGAGGAUAUUCAUGUGGUAAGAAAUAUUACCAAGUUAUGGGAUUAGAGAAACCAAAAGAAUGGGUAGAUUUCCAAUAA